AUGAUACAAAGAUACUUGGGAAACAUUCACCUAAGCAUACGAUGUUUCACGACUAGCCAUAGUACUCUUGCAAAGCAUGGACAAAAUUCCUUUGCCAAGAAGAGAAGCAUCGAAGAAAUCAUAAAAAGCCAUGGUAUUGAUAGUUAUAAUUAUCUAGCAGAGUUAGAUAGGAAGUUCAUCAUUAUAGACCCAUCAGUUAAAAAAGUCCUAGAUAUUGGUUGGGUCCCUGGAAAUUGGAUGGAAUAUACGGUUCAUCAACUAACUCACUUGCAUGGUAUUGACGGUUCAUUAGCAGAUAGUGGUUGUCAUGUCCUUGGAUUUGAUAUCUUAUUCCAAACCCCACCUCCUGGAGUAUCCACAAUCCAAGGGAAUAUAUUUUCCAAAAGUUCUCAAGCACUUGUCAUUAAUCAUCUAAAGGAAUUCACGUGGGGACAAUCCCUAAAAGUGGGUUUACCUAAGUUACAACCAGAGGAUACUAUUGAACCAAAAUCAUAUUUCACCAAAGAACAAGAAGAAUCUAUGCUAGAUCAUAAACUAGACGAAGUCAACAAAGAUCUCGCUCAUUUAAACCUAAGUCCAAAACUACCAGACUCAGAAUUAGAUUUACAAAAUGUCGAUUUUCGAACUGAUUUGGUCAUAUCUGAUCUAUCAAAACCAGGUAUGCAAACAGAUGGUUUUUAUAGUAGGAGUUGGAGUAUGCCAUAUAAUAGACUAAACAAUAAUUCUCCAUUGAAUAAUUCCGUUUUAUCUCCAGGAAAAGCGUCAUUAGAUUUAGCUGAUGCUGCAUUGAUGUUGACUUGUAAUGCACUAAAACCAGGUGGAAAAUUCCUUUUACGAUUGUCUCGUGUAUUUCCUCAUGAUAAGGAAAUUCAUUUAUUGAACAGAAGAUUGAACAAGGUGUUUAAAGUUGUUGAACGAAUUAAUUCUCAUCCUGAAAUCAAAGCUCAACCACAAGAUAUGAUCUAUUUAUGUAAACACAAAAAGCAAGAUGGCGAGUAUACAAUUUCUGAUAUCUUUAACAUGAAAAUAUAA